CGGUGUUCUUGCCGGGUCUGGGCCGGGUGGGGCCUCUGCGACGCGGACGCGGGGCGCGAGCUCCGACUGCAGGUGUGGGCGGCUUCCGGACGCCGGCUUCGGCCCGCGGCCUGCGGUGGACGGCGUCCCUUUCGCGGCUUCUCGGGUGGGCGCAGCUGGGCUCGGGCGUCCCUCGGUUCCGGGAGCACGGCCGGCCGGCGAGCCUGCCUGCCUGCCUCGGCGAGGUGGCCCCGAAGGGAGAAGCAGCCCCAGAGCCCGAGGAGCCGGAGGAGCGCCGCAGCCGCGUCCCGGACAGCCCGCCCCGCAGAGGGUAGAAUGGUGGAAUUGGGCUCUGGAGAGUUGACUGCUAAUAGCCGUUUUUAAGGACUUACUUCAAAUGUAUCAUCUCACCACUUCUUGCUAUUGAAGGGGGAUGAACACAUUAGAAAAGCAAAGUGCUCCUUUGGUGGCCUUGACUUGAAAGGGUGCUGGCAGUUGAGCCAACACUGUGCUACCCUGAAUUUACAUAGCACUUUGGCAUAGCAAAAUGAAAUGCAGUGGACCAACAGUGAUAUAACUGAAGGCAGCAACGCCAAAAUAAAGUCAGAUCACUGGUCAGGAAGACUCUCUGAAGAAGGCCUCAUCAGGUCACUGCAUCCAGGCAACACCACUUGGCAGUCGACAGGCUGGCAGUGAGGCUUGUGUCCUGGCACCACGAGCCUGCGGUGGAACUUUCUCAGAGAAGGCAAGUCAAACCACAGCAUUGCACCCAGGGCCUCACUCAGUGCCAGUCAACAGCACUACAUCCUCAGCCUUUUCAUUUGACACGGGUGCUCACUGAGUUGCUGGCCUUAAACCUGUGAUCCUCCUCAUUCAACUGCCAAAGCAUCUGGGAUUUACAGGGAUGGAAAACAAAGUGAAGCAGUAUUUUACCAUGUAUUUCAUCAGGUCUUCUUGAAAUUUAACUAAAAAUAUGCCACCUUUUUCUUCAGACAACUGCUCUUUCCAGUACCAGUUUCGUCAAACAAAUCAGCCUUUAGAUGCUACUUGUCUGGUGUUUUUGAUUGUACUUGGGAAAACAUUUUUAAAUAUUCUCACAUUAGGAAUGAGAAGAAAAAACACCUAUCAAAAUUUUAUGGAAUGUUUUUGUGUUUCAUUAGCAUUUGUUGAUUUUUUAUUUUUGGUAAACAUUUCUAUUAUAUCCUAUUUGAAAGAUUUUGUACUUUUAGGUAUCAGGUUUACUAAAUACCAUAUAUGCCUAUUUGCUCAAAUUAUUUCCUUUACUUAUGGCUUUCUGCAUUAUCCAGUCUUCUUAGUAUCUUGUAUAGAUUAUUGCCUGAAUUUCUCUAAACUCCCCAAGCUUUCAUCUAAGUGUCAAAAAUUCUUUUAUUCCUUUGCAAUCAUUUUAAUUUGGGUUUUAGUCCUUGCUUAUGUUUUGGGAAAUCCUGCUAUAUAUCAAAGCCUGAAGGCACAGAAUACUUAUUCUUACCCAUGUCCUGUCUAUGUCAGCAUUCAGAGUUACUGCCUGUCUCUUUCCAUGAUGCUCAUUUUAUUUAUGGCUUUUAUAACCUCUUCGUCAGAAGUUAUUACCUUGGUACAGGCUAUUCAAAUAACUUCCUACAGGAAUGAAACUGUCUUGUAUUUUCCUUCUUCAUCCCUCCCUAGUUACAUUGUAAACUCUAAAAAAACACUCUUGCCAAAGCUCAUUGUCUGUUUUCUUGGUACCUGGCUACCAUUUGUACUGCUUCAGGUAUUCAUUCUUAUACUUAAAGUACAGAUUCCUGCAUAUAUUGAGAUGAACAUUCCCUGGUUGUACUUUGUCAACAGUUUUCUCAUUGCCACCAUUUAUUGGUUUAAUUGUCAGAAGCUUUAUUUAAGAGAUACCUCAUUACCCAUAGAUCCAUUUGUCAACUGGAAAUGCUGCUUCAUUCCAUUUACAAUGCAUAAUCUUGACCAAAUUGAAAAACCUAUGUCAAUUAUAAUUUCUUAAUAUGUUGUCAUCUUAAAACUACAGCAAUUACAAUAAAAAUCAUAUAUUCCAAACAAGGAAAAUUGGUGACUUCAGGACAUACCAAAAAUGGGACUAAGCUCUUUUUCCCUCUAAUCUUUUAUACUUUUCAGCAUACUUUUGAGGCUAUGAUGUAAUUUAUUAAAUAGUGUUUUCUUUUAAAAAUAAACCAAGGCCAUGAAGUUUUUAUGCCUGUUCAGGAACACAAUUAAUUUGUUACUCAUACACAAGUAAAAUGAGUUAAUAUUUGACCAUAUUGAUGUCUUUGUUGCCUAAAAAUCUGGAUGUAAAAUGUUACAUAAAUUUGAGAUUUCAUUACCAACUUUAAAAUAUGAAUUUAAGUAUUUUUUCUUAUUUAGAAAAAAACAACCAUUUUCUUAAAAUGGUUUCAUAUAAUUCCUAAGAGAAAGAUUAGUUCAGUUGAAACUUAGCUAACUUCUUAAAAUAUACACUUCUGGUCUUAAUGAAAACAUUUUUGGAAGAAGAAAAUGUCAUGCUUCUCAUCUAUGAGAUACGGAGACUUGGGGCUGGGUAAUGGUUUGUUGUGGGGCGGCUGCUCUGCACUGCAGGAUUAGCAGCUCCAACGUGCCUGCCCGCCCUCCACGUGCCAGUGGCACCUCCUUCCACAGCAGUAACAGAACGUCUUCACUCACUGUCAGACCUCCCUUGGUGGGUAAGCAUACUUGCCCCCAUUAACCACUGAAGUAAAACAAUAAUCUGGUCAUUUUAUGAAUUUAGCUGUGCAGAUAUUCUGAUCACCACUUACAGAUAUACUGAAAUGUAUAAACCUAAAAUGGGCAUUUUCAAAACUGCUGUUUUGUUUUUGUGGUUCUGGAGAUUGAACCCAGG